AUGUCUUCAGAAGCCAUUCCAGUGAUGACUAAUACUGGAGUCACUGCAGAGAUAUCGUUGCCUUUUGGGUUCACUUCUGGAUGUCUUCACUAUCUGUCAGACAUUUAUUGCUUCAAUGAGAAGACCACUGAAGACAUGAAUCUAUUGACUGAUAAUCACUCGAAACAAUUGAUUCAAAAGAUAUCACGAAUUGGGAUGAAUGGCACUCAAGAGGAAUAUCCUAAGGACUCAUUGGACAGAUUCGGUGAUGACUUAUGCGAAGAGUUGUUGUCUUAUCUGUCACUGAAAGACAGCUUCAGAUAUGAAUGUCUGUCCAAACAGUGGCGGAGGACUGUAUUCACGAGAAGACAUACACUGGAAGUGAAUCUCCAAAUGUUUACUAAUUGGCACUUAAGUGACAAUAAGAGGUCUAUUGAUAACAUCUGGAGAGCAAUGAAAUCAGUGGUGAAUAAGUGUCCGAACAUUACAUCCAUUGAUAUUGAGAUCAAAACGGAAGCAAAUGAAAGAGUGUUUGCAUUACUAAUGCUUUCAUACAUACACUCAUUGAUUGAGAUUAGAGUGGAUUUGAAUGAUGCGAACCACGAGAUAGUGGACUGGGUUUUGAGUAUAUAUGGCCCACAAUUGACUUCAAUAUUGAUCCACACUUAUGGCUAUCAAAUGGCUGAACAUACGUUCAAACGGCACUCAAAGUCAUUGACACGAUUGAGACAACUGUCCGGACGUAACACUGAUUUAUCACUCAUUUUCAAUGAUAAUCAACUGAUGGUUAAGACAUUGACUGACUUUGAGUUUGAAAAUGAGAUGCUAUUGGAUGAGGGAAUCAAUUGCAGACCCCAUCGCUCCCUAUUCGUCGAUAACUAUAGACAUACUCUUAAGUCCAUUGCCAUUGACUUCGUUGUAACGGAUCUCAAACCAGUGAUCGUAUUCUUGAGAGAGUUAUUAAAGGGACAAACUCUGAGACAAAUAUCUCUGGGAAUCGACUUCAUUGGUCUCCCAAUUGAUAACAAGACAUACCAUGAAUUGAACAAAUUUUUGGCCAUUGAUUGCAAACGCGUGAAGAGAUUUGGUUUGAAUUUGAGUAAUACAUGCGAACCAGAAGUGAGACAAUUAUACGAAUCGAUGCAAUGGUUGACACGAUUACAGAGACUCGAGUUGAAGGUGUUGUGCGACGAAGACAUCAUUGAAUUGACACCAAAAUCGAUGUCUUCAUUGAAACGAUUGACACAUUUGUCGUUGGAUUUCGGGUUCUGUGUAUUGAAUGAGAGUUUCUUUGACUCCAUUGACACUCAUUUACCACUCAUUGAGAGUCUGAAGAUUAACAGCGGAUUAGAGAUAACUCGUGGUAUAGAGGCGUCUGUCAAACGUCUAUCGGAAUUGAAAUCAAUCAAAAAACCACUGAAAGAGUCAGAAGUUGGGGUUGUUUUAGGUAUCAGUCCUGAAGUGUAUGAUUGGUUUGGAUUGUCAUCUGAAUCAAUACCAGUUGACUUAGGAGUGGUUAGCAAUGGUGUGGGGGAACAGGGAUGGAAUUUUCGGUGA